UACGCUCCACCGGCAAUAACUUUUAAAACUUGAAUACAAUAAAUUACACAUUACAAAUAUUUUAACAAAGUCAAAUGAUAAGAUAAUAACAGUGUUAUUAAAAAUGCAGUUUUAAAUAUUGCAUUAAUUUGAAGAAGAAUUUGAAUAUUUUAACGAAAUUAAAAACAAUCAUUUGAUUAUCAAACAUUUAAGAGACGAGUUCGUUCAACGAUUACAUUGCGUCAGUCACGUCGUCCACUAAAGCGCUUGCAACAAUAAACUUUCUAGCAUUCAGAAAAGUGCACUAUUUUAACAAUGGCUUUUGUAAAAAGCAUAAGACAAGCAUUGACCUCUAUUGCCACCUACCAGACGGCACGUCGUACCAGCUGCCGACAGGUACGCUAUUUAAUCGUAGGUGUUGGCAUUGCUACUACUGCUUCAAUCUCCUUUGUGCAUUUGGAAGCGGCUAGAAAACGCAAACUAAACACUUCCAUUUAUAUGGCAGAACCAAUAACGGAUACUAAUACGCUGCUUGAAAAUGAGGAUGAUAUGCGGUCUCGAAUGGAGUUAAUGAUAAUGAAAAUUCAAGCAGACGUAUGCCGUGCCUUAGAGGCCGAAGAAUACGCAGGACAAAAAUUUAAAGUCGAUCGUUGGCAUCGCACCGAAGGAGGCGGCGGCAUUACAUGCGUACUGCAAGAUGGUGAGGUAUUCGAGAAAGCAGGUGUUAAUAUUUCAGUUGUAACUGGCAUGUUACCGCCCGGUGCUGUGCAACAAAUGCGUACAAGGGGAAAGAAUCUUGUAGAAGGCAAAAAAUUGCCAUUUUUUGCUGCUGGCGUAAGUGCUGUAAUACAUCCAAGAAAUCCACAUGUACCAACGAUACAUUUCAACUAUCGUUAUUUCGAAGUUGAAAGUAAUGGCGAAAAACAAUGGUGGUUCGGUGGUGGCACAGAUUUAACGCCAUAUUAUUUGAACGAAAAGGAUGCGAUACAUUUUCACCAAACCCUAAAAGAUGCAUGCGACGAACAUGAUGCAAGUUAUUAUCCACGCUUCAAGAAAUGGUGUGACGAUUACUUCCGCAUUACACAUCGAAAGGAAAGUAGAGGCAUUGGUGGUAUAUUUUUCGAUGAUUUGGACACACCCAGUCAGGAGGAGGCAUUUAAAUUUGUUACCGGUUGUGCGAACUCAGUAAUCCCUUCAUAUGUACCACUUGUGCGCCAACAUAAAAACGAUGAUUAUGGAGAUAACGAGCGUCAGUGGCAACUUUUACGCCGCGGUCGUUAUGUGGAAUUCAAUUUAAUCUAUGACAGGGGCACAAAAUUCGGUCUCUAUACACCAGGUGCGCGUUAUGAAAGUAUACUAAUGUCAUUGCCGUUGACGGCGCGUUGGGAAUACAUGCACACUGUGCAACCAAACUCCAAGGAAGGAAAACUUUUAGAAGUGCUACAGAAUCCCAAGGACUGGAUUGCAAAAGCUCAAUAGAUUAAAAAAACAACAGAACUCUACAAAAAAAACCUGCGAUAAACUAUAUCCUACUUGUUAGUGGCCUUCAUUUACCUAUCAAAUUAUGUAGAAACUACAAUAGAAGUGUUUGUUACGUUUAAUUUAUAUUAUGGUGUAAUUAUUGAACCAUAUAAUAUAAUAUAUAGUACGAGUAUUUGUUGGUAUAUGAACAAUAGAAGUUAAUUGUAUAGCUUUGUAUGUAUUUCAAAGAAAAUAAAGUGCGCGUUUUGUAACAUUGUAAA